AUGUUUGUUCACGUGGUGUUCUUUUGUGGCGUAGUUGCAAGCUGUGCAUCAUCAGCAAUAUCCUCUCAGUCGGUGGUACGUCAUGACGUUCCUCAGUCGUACAGUUCAGUUUCGAUGUACCGUGGAUCCAGAGUUAAUUACGCUACUCCCAGAGAAAGUGUCUAUCCUAAAUAUGAGUACACAUACUCCGUAGCUGAUGAUCAUACUGGUGACAAUAAACAACAACGCGAAUAUCGCAACGGCGAUGUCGUGAAGGGCUCCUACUCGUUCCGCGAAGCCGACGGCUCCAUCAGGACCGUGGACAAGCCGCCGCUCCUCUCCUCCUCAAGGCUCCCGCCUACGCCGCCGCUCCUGCUCACCAAUACUACCACUAAAUUAUUCCAAGUGAUAUUGGCCAAAUGA